AUGUUAAGGGCUCCGAUAUGCAUCAAGGAUUUGGUCAAAGGAAACCAAGUUUGGAAGAUGCAAAUAAGGGUUGUUGAUUUAUGGGUCGUUAAGGAGAAAACCGGACAGAAACACAUCGAGUUGGUCAUUCAGGAUGUGAAGGGUGAUCAAAUUCAUGUCACCACUCAGAGCCGAGAUUUCAAAGAUUGGAAUGAUCAAGUGAAAGAACGUGAAACAUAUACACUUCAUAAUGGAGAGCCUGUUGUUAAUGAUGGAGCCUUAAAAGUUUGUUCUAACCCACUCAAGAUUGUCUUCAAUGGAGGGACUGCCAUGACAAAGGUGCCGUUUCCCGACAUACCCCAUCACAAAUAUAACUUUCACCCCAUAGAAAACUUUCUCAAAGGAAGCUUCAAGGCUGAUUUGUUUUAUGAUGUCAUAGGUGUUUUACAUGAAGUGCUUAGGACACAGAUGGGGGGAGAUGGUAGGAAGUCUUGCGUGAAUAUCACUUUACGUGAUGUUGAAGGAAACGUGAUUGAGGUUGUGUUAUGGGAUGAUUACUGCAAGCAAUUCUCGGCCUACAAUACCUCUAGCACACAGAAAAAAAGUCCUACAAUCAUUGUCUUGACACAUGCAUGGUGCAAGCCAAACAAAGUUUCUGGUUUACCAUCUCUCUCUAAUGCAUGGAAUGGUUCUCGACUUCUCAUCAACGUGGAACAUCCACAAGUGGAAGAAUUCAAAGCUAGCUAUGUUGCAAGUGAUUCAUCCAAUGCCCCUGCGCUUUCCUUGUCCUUAACCUCAGAAUCAUCUCUUCAAUCCGCUAACAAGAAUUGGAAGAGUCUCGACGAGGUCAAAAGUAUCCGUGCAAUUGCUGAGUUAAGAAAGGAUUAUUUUGCAACCACUAUUGGAACUACAAAGUAUUUCAAAACGUCAAAGUUUGGCUGGUUUUUUGAAGCAUGCCCAGGCUGUAAAGCUUCUAACAAGUCACAAGGCUGCAAAGUUUGGUAG